GCAGAUAAAGAUAUGACUCUUGUUCGGCCCCAAACACAAAUGUAAAACUCAUGGCUUCGGACUCAAUCAUGAAACCUAGCGAUGCUGCCUGAAGUCUAGAUUAUAUUGACGCAAUAUUAAGAAUAUGAAUAAACAGUAUUUGUCGCAUUCUUGUGUAGAGAAAUAUGUUUGGCAAGCGGGGUCGCCGCUUUGUGUUGUUGUCGUCUGUGAGCUUUGGGACAACUUCAGGGGCGAAGCCGCAGGACGUGAGCAGCCAAGAUGACGGGCGGAAACCGGAAGAGGACGUUGCUCGCGCAGCUGAGAAGCCUACUUCGAAGAGCGCUGACGUAGUCGGCGCGGAUGCAACCGAACCGUCUGCUAGCAGUUCCAGUGCUUCGAGUGGUGCCUUUGCCGAAUCGCCUGCGGUGGCAUCUUCGGCAUCAGGUGCAUCGUCGGUGUGGCACGACGUGGCAGGAGGACUGCUUUCCGGGUCAGCAGAGCGCGACGCACAUUUGACAAAGGCAGGUUUAUCGCCAGAAAAAAGUGCCGAGUUCACUGCGCAGCUCGAAAAGGCGAUCGUUUCGGGUGCUUUGGAGGAGAAGAAACGUAUCAUCGACUGGAUCCACGCAAAUCUGCUUCCGCGGGAAAAUGUGUCAAUGCCCUACUUAGGACCACCAGGGCCUGUGAACCCUCUAGGUCUACCUUACGGCUUGAUCCCGCCGGUUGUGGUGUCCCACGGCAUCUCGUCGUCCUGCUAUGAGGUCUCCGCCAUGCAUCUCAUUCCAUUUCUGAGGAACUAUCUGAAUACCUACGUUACCUGCGUUUCAGUGGGAGGCACAACGGAACUUGAGCAGUACGUCGCUAGCUGGUUCUACGGCUACAAAUCCAGUGUGGACACUUGGGCGGGGCUGAUUCGCAGUGAUCCCAAACUAAAGAAUGGGUAAGCAGCUUGUUUUCUUGAAACUGUAGGUACCUCCUUUUCCUUUCAACAUGUUUCGCAUUCGUCCUGACUGGAUCCGAAAAAGACAAACUCUUCUCUCUUCUAAACACGAUGUUCAGAUUUUUGGGUUUCGGAUUUUCACAAGGCAAUGGGAUCUUGCGAGGAUACAUACAGCGAUACAACAACCCACCUGUUCUCACCUGGAUAGCGACACAUGGUGUAUUAGGUGGCGUUGGUGCGAUUCCGGGUCUGGACCCUCUGAGUGCAGCAUUGCGGGAUAUCUAUCGCCCGCUCAGUAACUUAGUCGGAAUCCUUUGCACUAGCGCUUUUCUCGUGAACCGAAUUACACCAUGUGGUUACUUCCGCAAUCCGGCGCAGGUAACAAUAUGCCUACAACUUAAUAGAGGAUGAGCAUGCUUGAGUCUGAAGUUCAUUUGGUCUGUACAAUUUUAAGAUAAGUAUGCAAUGGGAAAAGGAUACGCGCUGAAAGUAUGAAAGUUCAAUACCAAUGACUGACUAGAGGUAGCCGCAAGUAUACGAAUCAUGAUCCAGGUUAACGAUACGCAAUUUCGACGAAAUUCCGAAAUCGCGAAAAUGAAUGGAGAGGAUGACUCAAGUGAUAUUGUCCCGCAUCCAGUGAAAAGCAACUUUAAUUUGACAGACAAAUUCGUUUUCGUCAAAGGAUUAGAGGAUAACAUAAUUCUACCGCGUGACGCAGAAUGGUGGGCCUUCUACGGUGACAACUACGACACAAUUUACACGAUGCCGCACCAGCCAUGGUAAGAAAAUACGUAACUCCCUAGUAAUGAAUUUAUGUCGAACUUCAGAGGAGAAGGCCUCCUAGGUAACAACGAUGUAAUUGAUAAUCUGCUAGAACAUCGAUCAAUCCUCUUCCAUAUCUAGAUUUAGGUCUAGUUUGAUGAUGUUUGUUGAGCCGUUUCACACCCGCUGCAGGUACAUCAACAACACAUUCGGGUUGAGGACGAUAGUUGAAGCUGGGAAAACUUUCUUCCGCACAACUCCGCGUGGGCAUAUGCAAAUCAAGAACUCGGAGAUGAAGGUACUGUUGGACGACUAUGUCAUCCCAGCCGAGUACCGCAGGAAGGACUGGGGCCCGGUCCCGCCUUCGUACGAUCCUACACAGGGCGAAAUCGUCGGCACAGGGCUCAAUGCAGAUAUACGAUACAUCGAUGUUGGGCCAGGAAGUGGUUCGAUUGCGAACGAUGGUCUUGAUGCCAGUAGUGAAGCAGUGUACAUGUAAACCAUGGAAGAGCACUUGGUUCUACGCUUUUUUUACAAAGAUGUGUCAUGAGCAUGACGGGGGAGGUCAAGACUUAUCAUCCGCUUGUUUAGCCUACACAGUGGCAUUAUGUUGUGACUCUUCAUAACUUGCAGUAUGAUUUCUUAGGCUCAAUUCAGAUUUAGAAAAUGUCUAGUGCAUUUUCAUUGAUUUCAUUCGCUAUCCAUCGGCAACAUGAUAAUUAGCAUGUUCAUGAAGUUCGAUUCAUUUUUGCAUACGAAAGAAUGAAUAUAACAGGCUACAAAAAAAACUAUUCGUUCGGGUGAUGAUAUCUUUUCGUUUUGCUUAUCAGACUUAGAUAUCCUGCAUCAGCGAAAAGAAAUAUGCACUGCUCGCACGAUAUGACUCCUUUUAUGUACUUUCUUAUAACUUCUUUCAAUACUGCAGCCAGGUGUUGGAGCGGCGUCCUGCAGCAAAAGAAAACUCAACCUUCAUAACUUUCAUACCAUGUGCGUCAUUUCCAUAGAUAGACGAUGAAGACGUCAUCGUAAUCAGUUUUGUCGUUCUUUUUCUUUUCCAUUACCAAUUACCUAGAUUCAUAGUAGACUCACACUCCCAUCCACUUCCGCGGAGCGACUCUCCUAAAUGCGUGACAGCUGCGUGAACUCCCGCUGCUUGCUGCCAGUAUGCGCUCGAGUUUCAACAUAGGAUCCUCGAAUUCAGUAUCACAAGUCUUUCGCGUCUCCCCUAGCGGUGGUCAUAAUUCUGAAUUGAAUUUGGUGCUCCUCCAAUCAAUUAUACAUAUAUUGCUCCUUCUUAGUUUUUUAAUCUUUUUGGGUGUGAUAGGGUAUCUUCUGUCAUGAUGCAGUGGUGCUGUGGGUAUCUUUUAGCUUGUGUGGCUAUCUUAGACUCACUCCCAACGGCAACCUCUACCCCAGAUUGUGUCUUGUCCUUAUGCCAUAUUUCUCAUUUUGAUCUCAUAGAGACUGAAUCUCAACUUCUUCAUCAAAACCGGUAGCAAGGGUCUAGGCUGUCAACCCUGCAGAUUAUCGAAGAAAGGAACCUGUCGGAUCGAUCGCGCGCAAUCGUCAGUGCGAAGCCGCUUCUGGUAACAGUAACUAGAACAGACCCUGCUGCUGCACAGCUAACUCCCCAACGGCUUUGAAAAAAUGUUGCUAGUUAUCUAUGGCACUGGUAGCUGCAGGUUUCUUGCAGAACAAAUGAGACCGAGAAGGAACAGCAGUUGGAGCAGAAAUCAGAAUUGGAACAAAGCCAAUGUGG